CCCAAUCUAAGCAUCUAACGGCCCCAGAAUGCCGCCUCUCCCCCUCCCUCUCACUCUCACUGCCACUGCCACUGUCACUGUCACUGCCGACGUUUUCGCCGUCUUAGAUGAGGGCGGGCGGAGGCGGAGUGUCCUCCCCCUCCUCCUCGGAUGUUGUCCGCUUCAGCCCGGUCGGCGGUCGGAGGUCCAAGGCUGCUCGUGAAAGGGAACGGGAUAUUACCGCAUUAGGAUAACCGCCGCAUCGGAAGGAUUGAAGGUAGUUAGAUGGGAUGGGAUGGUAAGAGGGUUAGCGAGGCUCUUGUGGCGAGAAACGGAUUUCUUCGAGAGUAUGUAUCUAUGAUGUUGGCUGACUGGGGUCAGCUGUCUUGGUUUCAGGUGUUUGUUGUUCCUGUUGCUGGUGCUGGUGUUGGUGUUGGUGUUGGAGAUAGAGAUCUAGGGCGCAGGGACAGCGUGUUUCAUGCUUUGUUCACUGGAUGAGUGGAAACAAAGUGCUUGAUGGUUGAUGCAUCCAUCAGCUGGUUGUGUGGCAUGCAGGUUGACUGGUUGAGUG